AUGAUCAAAAUCGACACAAGACCCGCCAUUCGCGCCGCCAGCGCGGCUAACUGCCAGCCGUCAACUCUGCCGGACUUCGCAUCCGCUGCGACUCUUUCCCACGGCCUCGUUCUUCACUGGACGCCCGCGGCUUCCGGCGGUUCCGUCAGCAUGGCCGUCGAAGCGCCCGCGAGCGCCGGAUGGAUUUCCGUCGGAUUCUCGACAAGCGGAACCAUGGCUCCGGCAGAUGCGGUGAUCGGCAAUGCUGACGGCGGCGCUGCCGUCCAGGCGUACAGUAUAACCGGCUACGACAUGGGCUCCGUCAAGCCGAGCGGCAAGCCGUCAUUGGGCAGCGCGGGGCUGACGAAAUCAGGCGACAAAAUCAUUAUGAAAUUCUCGCGAUCGGAGGGCGACGGCGGAUCUGUCGCAUUCAAGUCGUCCGGGAGGAACAAGCUGAUCUGGGCGACGUCGUCUGGCGGCUCUACGACGCUCGGCUAUCACGGCAGCAACCUGUAA